AUGGGUCAGGGAUCACUCCAUUCAAAGCAUUCAAAGCCCAGCAUUUGGAACACAUUUUGCUGGAAGAAAUCUCAGGAAGUGAAGAAAGAAAACUGCAAUGGCCAUGGAAAGGAAGCACUCCAGUCACUGGUCUGCAACCACAAGGAUGAAUACCAUGCUCUCACACAGGAAGAACAACAAGAGUUGCUCCAGGAAUUUGCUGACCAGAAGGAGACCAAGGUCUCUGGGUUACAUGUCUCAAUGAAGUCAAAGGUUAACAACAUAACUCAAAUCCUGAAGGCAGCAGAAAAUGAGCUCAAUAGUUUAAACUCUCACACUGGUGCCAAGAUCAUGUUGUAUAUGACACAUGGUACUACUGAUUUACCUCUCCACACAAUCACCUUCACAACACCAGGUGUCAAUCACUUUAUGGACUCUGUCAUCGGCAUUGAUACUCAGGACUUUCUCAGCAAAAUGGAAGGGUUCACAACCCAAGGGAUACAAGGUUCCACAAGCAACCAUCAAAAAGAGGUUUCUAAGCUUCACAGAGACAUUUGGGCAAUCAUCACUCAGAAAUUGAGGAAGGUGACCAGAGAAAGCAAUGCCAGGAUGCAGUGGGUAGAUUAUUUUCAUAAUGUGGUCAACAGCUAUCAGGUCACCAUCAAAGGAUGGCCAGAGCAUAUCACAUUUACAAACCUUAGUAAUGCAACCAACACACUUCUGGACCUCCAAAUUCUUUGA